AUGUCGUCUGUAAUGCCCACAUUCGCCGGGUCAUCUUCCCUUUCUGCACAGCCUGCGGUUUCCACACGACCGCGGGCGAUGGCGGCGGUGGCUAUGGCGGUCGGGAGUGGCAGAGCGGCGCCGAAGAGCCUGUACCAGGUGCUGCAGGUGGCGGAGACGGCGACGACGCGGGAGAUCAAGGUGGCGUAUCGGUCCAUGGCCAAGCGGCUCCACCCUGACGCGUUGCCGCAGGGAGGCGGCAGCGGGGCGGCGGACUUCAUCGAGAUCCGCCGCGCGUACGAGAUGCUGGCGGACCCGGCGGCCCGGGCGCGCUACGACUGGUCCCUGUCCCAGAAGCGGUGGAAAUUGCCGCCCGGCAGACUCGGUCGGUCGGACUCCGACCGGCUCAGUCCCCGGUUCGGAAGGUGGGAGACGGAUCAGUGCUGGUAG